AUGUCAAGUAAUCUUACUGAUUUUAGUAGAAUCGAAUAUCAAGAAAUAUUAACUAUUCCAAUAGUAUUAAUAAGAAGAGGCAGUAAAACUUUUGUUGAACUUAAAAAUUCUAUAUAUCAUUCUAAAAUAAAAAUGAAAGUUGAACCAAUUAACGAAGUUGAAAAAGAAAAAAAAAAUUAUAUAUUAUCAAAUAAUAAUAAUUUUCCUACAUCAUAUAAUAUCAAAAAAAAUCCAUCUACUUAUGAUAUAACUUUUUUAUCAACAUCUCCAGAAUAUUAUCCAUCACAAUGUUGUGAAUCAUUACAUGCAUCAAAUGCUGUAUACUUAUCUACUAUUCUUCAAUUAUUCUUUUUUGUAUGUAUUGGUAUACUUUAUUAUAUGUUGGAGCAACAAAAUUAUGUUUCAGCAAUUGCUGUAUUUAGACCUGCUUUAAUUUUUUUUGGUAUUGUUAAUCUAAUUGGUAUUUUUUGUGCUUUGAUUGGUGUUUUUCGUGAGCAAAAUAUUUUUUUACAAGUUCAAAUAACUAUUCUUACUGGUCUUAUAACAUUUGCUGAUGUCAUUGCAUUAUCUUUAAUUUUUAUUAUGGCUAUAGGUUCACGUUCUAAAACAACAUCAUCAAUACCUGGAAAAUUAGUUAAUGUUGAUAAAUUUGAAGUUUUAUUAGGUCCAUUUUGGAUAUAUAUAUGUGCAAUAUCUCUUCAUAUGUGUGCUGCUGCUAUGAUGUGUUUUAAUGGUGUUAAUAAGAAAUUUUCUAUUUAUCUUCAAGAUAAAAUUAGAUAUCAAAAAUUGAAUCAUCAAGGUACUGAAAAUAUUCAAGUGUUAAAAAUUAUACCAACAGAUGAGAGAGUAUGA